CUCGGCAGCACAACUAAGGUAGUUCCAGUUCCGCACUCUUGGGUCAAGCGUCUUGGGGCCGCUAAAUUUCACACUGCCCCGCUAGCACCGGACACCAAUCCAAGCCUUCCCUAGCGCUGGCGUCUUCUCACUUCCCGGUGAUCAGCCAACGCUCCGCUUGCGAAAUAAAGCUGAUCCGGGUCUGGGGAAAGAGAGCCGAGAAUGCGCUGGAACUACUAGCAGCUACAGUACACUACACUAGACUACUAGUAACGCUUCCAUCCUCGUCCAGUCGCCCAGCAUCCCCUCGCUGGCUCAUUGAUGGCUGUGGAGUCAGGGCCUCCUUACUAGAGGAUUGCCAUCCCCAACCCUUCUUGGGUGUCCACCAUCUGGUCUCCAUCCAAGCUCCAUCUUUGUUUCUCCUUCCAACAAAACCAACCGACUCCCUCCCGUCCCUCUCGACCCUAGUCCCCUGGCAUCAAUCAGCCUUACAAGUAUCAUCCUCACACGCUUCAACAAGCUUCCCGCCGAGAGCCUGCUGCCUCACUCCACAAUGGAGGCCCUCAACAUGCUCGACUUUAGGUAUUGCGGCCUUGUCCUUCGCCACAGCCUCGACAUCUUCUACGACGCCUACGACGGUGAGCCGAGUCUUUUCGACGAGUUCAACCCCACCGAGCAUGACGAUGAAAGGUCAGUAAAACACGUGUGUCCGACCUUGGGCCACAUGGCUGCAGACAUUGACACGACGGACAUUAAUGUCACACAAAAUUUCUCCUCCAUCUGGAUACAACGACCGCUAUCCGAUUCGACGCCGCCAUUAAGCCCUGCUGUUUCACGAGAACCAUUCCAGUUCCACGGCAUCUGUCACAGCAAUGAUUCCUCCGAUUCCAGGGCGCCUCUUUCCGGAGAACUUCUAUGGAGCCUUGGCUCGCUUUCAGUUUUGGAUGCAUUUGUGAAGACGCCGGAGCGGUACGAACAUGUCGCAGUUCCGCUGAGUUCUGAUCUGUACAUGGUGCGGGAGGAAGCAUAUGUCGACUACAUUCCAUGUCCAGGUUCUGGUCCAGGUUCGCCCGCCCUCAGCGUUUUGUCCGAAGCAGCCCUACCCGAAAUUGUCGAUGAGUUCCCCAAAAUCGACGACAGCCGACCAGUGGUGACCGAAAUUGAACCGGUUACGGAGGAGGAGACGAGCAAGGUUGAAAUGGAAAUGCCAAAGGUCGAACCACCCAAGGUUGAAGAGCGAUCCAUGUCUCUAUCCAGUCAACCCGUUCAACCCAGUCAGACGCGCAAUUGGCUUGCAACUGUUCUCGAGAAGAGACAAGCGACCCCCGAGAACGACAGUGCACCCGUGCUCACUAAGGUACAAGCCGCGUUUGAUGAGGAGCAAUUAAAGAAGACAGUAAGGGAACAUCGUCGUCACAACGAGCUCACCAAGCCGCGUCUCAACAAGCGCACCCGUGUGCGUUCCAGUGUACCGCCGCAAAGUCGCAAGAAGGCAAAGCAUAUGUCGGAGCACCCAUCACCAUCACCCUCACCCGCACCAGAAUUUUCGCCAUAUCCACAAUAUUCGCUGCAUCAAGUCUGGACUGGUUGAAGAAAAGGAAGUUGUCCACGAAAACCACCACCACCACUACCGAGAAAGUGAGCAAGGGGGGGAAGCAGCAACGGGGAAACUGGAUCGAGUGUUGCCGCUACUCCCGUCUU